AUGUCCGGUCCCGCGCUGGGUGGAAAGCCAAAGACGAAGGGGCAGCGCCGCAGCGUUGGACAGGCGCCCAAUUUCAUUAUCUGCUACCUGUGCGGGCGGCAGUUCGGCACCGCCAGCAUUGACAUUCAUCGACCCCAGUGUUACCUGAAGCGACUGAUCGUCUGGGAGCGCGGUGACCCGGCUAUUCGCGGCCCGAAGCCGCUGAGCCCGAAGGAGCACGAGAAAAUGAUGAAGGUGCGCACAGCGAACGCGGAGCCCGCUGGUAGGCUCGCCACAGGAGGCGGCUACUCCUGUGCCGGCCGCAUUGGUGGCGGUGGAUUUGGGAGGCAGGCACCUUUGAGUGACGUGGAGCUCUACAACAAAUUGCAGAUGGAAGCAUUCAACGACACGGCGCUCUCGCCCUGCCCUAACUGCGGCCGCACGUUCUUACCAGACCGUCUGCAGGUUCACAUGAAGAGCUGCAAGCCUGGAAAAACGGCAAAGCCGGUCCCAACAGCCGCCUCCCGUGUUGCUCCUCCCGUGGCCACGCCGUCGGCGGCGACUACAAGCGCCUCCCCCGCCUCGGCGAAGGACAGACGCAUUCGCGCGACAGGUGCGUACAAGGUGCCCACAAACGCCGGCGCGGGUGACGUGCCCCCUGGGGCCGAGCCCUCUCGCAAGCCGUCACACCACACCAUGCCGAGCUACGCCCUCCCGAACGAGGAGAACGCGGGGGACCAGAUGCCGCCCACGAACGCGUGGUCGUCGCGCAAUCUGGACCGCGCCGGGAGCGAGUCGAACACACGCGUCCUCGCUGUUAACGCCCCGAACGGUGCAGCCGCAGUUCCCAAGGCACCGAGCCGCGACGUAAUUGAGGUGGUGGUUGAGGUGGAUGUGGAGGACACGAAUCCGCCAUCGCCACGUGCCGACACCGAGCAGCGCCUCUCCUUCGUGGCAAUGACGGGUGCCGACCCGGACAUGCUUGGCUCCUCGGCGCCGAACCGGCCGGCUUUGAUGGAGCCGAGCGUGGCGCCGUCGCCCACCUCCUCGCCCCCGGCCACAAAUGCGCACGCGAACGGCAGCAACAGCAACGGCGCCGGCAACGUGCCCCUUUCACAGAGCACUUGGCGAGAUAGCGCGGCUGGCAGUCAACCGCACGGGCACGGCAUGCCUAGCACCGUGCGCGCCGCUGACGCGCCUGGGGUGACAGAGGAGAAACAAGCCGAGGGCGCCUUUGGGGCGGACGUGCACUACAACCCCGCUACUGAGCAUGACUUCGCCGUGCGAGGCGGCCUUGACGGUGGCGCGGAGGGGGAGCACAACAGCGCUAAAAAGAUUCGGCUGAACAACGUAUCCCAUUUCAAGAACGUGCCGUCGCGGUUGAAUGUGCAGCGGCAGUCGACGGAGGCGGAUCUCGUGCCGUGCACGUACUGCGGGCGCAAAUUUCUGCCGGGGCGGGUGCAGAAGCACGAGGAUUGCUGUAUCGAUCGAAGCAAGCCUUUGACGGCGCGAAAGGGCGGGGCGCUGCCGGCGCGGCCGAGCACCGGUGCAGCAACCCCAAGGCUCGCGAAGCCGACACCGGCAGCGCCGGCUGUCGAGAGCGCUGCGACGGGUAAAGCGAAGUUUUGCGGGGGCUGCGGCUGCAAAAAAUCUGAACCCGAUCAGAAGUUUUGCACGGAGUGCGGGCACAAGCUGUAA